AUGGAUAGCAGUGAAUACGCUAGUCUAUUUAAACGUUGUGUGACUGGAAUAUUAAUCGGUUCUUUUAUUUUAUUAUGUUUGUUAAUACGCAAAACUUACAAUUACUGGAAAGACCGCGGUAUACCUUAUGACAAACCUAUUCCUAUUUUCGGCAAUCUAGGAUUUAUUAUGAGAAAAAGUAUCUGGGAUUACUGUUAUGAAAUACGAAACAGGUAUCCAAAAGAUUACUUUGGUAUAUUCCUUGCUUGGACUCCUGUUUUAAUGGUGCAAUCGCCGGAGUUGGCCAAGAAAAUACUUAUCAAAGAUUUUGAAUAUUUCCCAAAUAGAUAUCUGUAUAGUGGUUAUUCGGAUCCUCUCGGAUCUCUCAAUUUGUUUACGGUUAAGAAUCCACUAUGGAAAACAUUAAGGUAUGAACUCUCUCCAAUGUUUACAUCUUUACGCUUAAAAAAAAUAACCGAACUGAUGAAUAUCAAUGCAACGGAGCUAGUAAGAAAAAUAAAACGAGACUAUAUUGACAAGAACAAUGUUGCCAACUUAAAGGAAAUAUUUUCCAUGUAUACUUCUGACACUGUGGCUUAUAGUGUAUUUGGUAUUCGAGUCAGUAUUUUAAAUGAUAAGCCAUCGCCGUUAUGGUACAUCACACGUCACAUGGUUCAAUGGACAUUCUGGCGUGGUUUAGAAUUUUCAAUGAUAUUCCUUGUUCCUCUUAUUGCUUCAAUUUUACGGUUUAAAUUUUUUUCUGGUGCAGCCACAGAUUACAUAAAAAAUAUAUUUUGGAACGUCGCUAAAAAACGCAAGGAAAGUAAAACAAAAAACGAAGAGGAUCUUGUUAAUCUUUUACUUAAGUUAAAGGAUAAAUUAAAAGUAUCUGAUGAACCCGGCUCGCCGCUGGCUGAUGAUGUUAUUUUGGCGCAAGCGGCUGUUUUCAUUUUGGGAUCAAUUGAAACAUCGUCCACAACUAUAGCCUAUUUUUUGCACGAAAUAGCUCAUCAUCCUGAAGUACAGGUAAAACUUUUUAAUGAAAUCAACGAGGCAGUGAAGCAGAAAGAAAAUGAUGUUUUGGAUUACAAUGAUUUAUUAGAAUUAAAAUAUUUAACAGCUUGUAUUAACGAAACUCUAAGGAUGCAUGCACCAGUAGCAUAUUUAGAAAGAUUAUGUGCAAAAAAUUACAAAUUAGACGAUAAUUUUACGAUUGAGGCAGGCACUCCUGUAUUUAUAAAUGUUUUGGCCAUACAUUACAAUGAGAAAUAUUAUCCUGAGCCAGAGAUGUUCCAGCCAGAACGAUUCAUGUCAGAUAUCGAUAACACUAACAACGUGUUCUUGCCGUUUGGUGAAGGACCCCGUUUUUGUAUCGGUAAAAGGUACGGAAUGAUGCAAGUAAAGGCUUCCCUAGCUCAGCUGCUUGUCCACUACAAAAUUAAGCCAGCUUUACCUUAUACGGUUAAAACCGAUCCAUACGCUGUAAUAAUGGCCCCAAAAGAUGGUUUAAGUGUAAAAUUCGUUCCACGUUAAUUAUAUAACCGU